CCUCUCAUGGAUGCUCUGACGACUCGUAAAAAUGAAGUUGAGGAAAUAUGUAAACAAGUACAGGAUGGGCAAGAUCAACAAGAACACGAUGGACAAGGGCAACAACAUGUUGAAAAAGGCCAAAAAAAGAACAAAAAGAAAAAACAGAACAAGCGUAGAAAUUGAAAUUAGUGACUUUUCGGAGAGCCACAACAGAAGACCCAAGGACAGAAUAACCACAGACAAAAGACCCACAGACAGAAGACCCACAAGGACAGAAUACCCACAGACAAAAGACCCACAAAAAAUUUUUUAA